CAAUUACGUAAAGAUCUAAAAAACAAAGAAGACGCAAUUGCAGCACGUGCAUUAUUAGGAAUGCUGGCAACAGAUAUUGAACAUCAGAAAGGUGCAAUUGAAUAUGACUUGAAUGUGGCAGCACAGCAAUUCAGCAAGUUAUUUUAA